GAACACCUAAAUUUCUCGUUUUGAGAUGGCCGCCGGCGGCGGCGGCGGCGCGGCGACGACGGGGUGGCUCAUCGUGAGGGCGCAGAAGUCGACCAACCAGCUCAAGGCGCUGCUGGCGAAGCUGCUUCCAGCUGGGGGCGCGGCACAGGGCGCCGCCGCCGUGGAGGCGAUCCUGUCGGACAUGUCGGAGGCGCUGUCUGAAGCGCUCGCGUCUCUGCAGGCUCCCGGCCGGUCGGACGAUCGGCGGCUGCCGGCGCCGCCGGCGGCGAGCUUGUUGGUCCAUGGACGAAGUGCUGCAGCGAUCGGCAGCAGCGGCCGGUCAGUGUCGAGAAGGAGUGGUCGUCAGCGGAGAAGCAGGGCAGACGGUUCAUCUCGUAGAAUUAUGCUACAGUUUGGCGAUCGUGGUGAUUCCUACACCUGGAGAAAGUAUGGGCAGAAGGACAUUCUUGGCGCCAGAUUUGCCAGGAACUACUACAGAUGCGCGUGCGCCCAGAGGUCUGGCUGCUCGGCGAGGAAGCACGUGCAGCAAUCCGACGACGACCCCACCCGGCUGGAGAUCACCUACAUCGGCGCCCACACCUGCGACGAUCGGCCGUCGUCGCCGGCGACGAGCCCCGUCGACGACGAGCAGCGCUCCACCGUCGUCAGCCACCUGCCGGCGGUGGCCGUCGCCGCCGCCGCGCCGUCCACUGUGCGAAAGCUGGUGGAACGACAUGUCCCGGCAUCGGACAUGAUGGAGGCCUGCACGCCGUCGAUGGAGAUGGAGGCCUCGUGGCUGCUCAUACCGUCGCCGGCGUGCUCGCAGUCGGAGCUGCUGUCCGAGGCGGUGGAGGUUCCCGAGCUGCGGCCCGGUGCUUCGCCGCCGGCUCCGGCGGAACGCGGGAAGGCGUGGGACGGCGAGCUCCUCGCGCUCUACGACUCCGUCGUGCCAGAUUUAGUGUGGCGUCCCAGCGCCUAGUCAGCGCGUGUUUAGCAUAGUCAGCGCUGAGUCACGUGUCCACGGUGGCCAAAAUCAGGUUAAGUGCUAGGAGCCUAGGAGCGUCUUUGUUUAUACAGAGAUAAUGAUAUGAGAAGGUUGACAAUGAUAUCAUCGGUUCAUGACGAUAGUUGAAGUAAAA